ACAAAGGAACUGUCCACAAUAAUCAGCUUCUGGCAUUUAUUCCAACCGGACAAUCGUGAUUUAAAAGCUCCUGUGCUAAAAUUCAAGAAAAUCUGGCAUAAAUGAGGAACAAUUCAACAUGUAUUCAACCAUCCAUGAUCUCUUCCAUGGCUUUACCAAUUAUUUAUACCUUCCUUUGUAUCGUGGGUCUCUUUGGAAACUCUCUCUCGCAAUGGAUAUUUUUAACGAGAAUUUGUAAGAAAACAUCAACCCACGUCUACCUUGUACAUCUUGUGACUGCUAACUUACUAGUGUGUAGCGCCAUGCCUUUCAUGGUUAUCUACUUCCUGAAAGGUUUUCAAUGGGAAUACCAAUCUGCACAGUGCAGGGUGGUUAAUUUCCUGGGAACUCUAGCUAUGCAUGUCAGUAUGUUUGUCAGCCUCUUAAUUUUAUGUUGGAUUGCCAUAAGCCGCUAUGCUACCUUAAUGAAAAUGGAUUUGACACAAGAGGCCACUUCAUGUUAUGAGAAAAUAUUCUAUGGACAUUUACUGAAAAAAUUUCGUCAGCCCAGCUUUGCCAGAAAACUGUGCAUUUACAUUUGGGGUGUUGUACUGGGUGUAAUUAUUCCAGUUAGCAUAUACUAUUCAGUUGUAGAAGCUACAGAAGGAAAAGAGAAUCUGUGCUAUAAUCGACAGAUAGAAUCAGGAGCCAUGAUCUCCCAGACUGCUAGUCUCAUUGGAACCAUGUUUAUCGGAUUUUCAUUUUUAGUAGUACUAACCUCAUACUACUCUUUUGUCAGCCAUCUCAGAAAAGUAAGGACUUGCACAUCUGUUACAGAGAAAGACUUCAUUUACAGAUCUGUGAAAAGGCAUCUUCUGGUCAUCCAGACUCUACUAAUAAUUUGCUUUCUUCCAUAUAGUAUUUUUAAACCCAUUUUUUUUGUUCUACACCAAAGGGAGGAUUGUCAGCAAUUGAAUUACUUAAUAGAAAUAAAAAACAUCCUCACCUGUCUGGCUUCAGCCAGAAGUAGCACAGAUCCCUUUAUAUUUCUUUUAUUAGAUAAAAAAUUCAAGAAGACAUUACAUAAUCUCUUCACAAAAUCUGAAUCACCACACAUACAACCAUAUGGUUGACUUUUAAAAG